GUUCAAAAAACCAAAGCAAAAAAAGACAACGGCCGCCAUCGUCGGAUUCGGUUUGUGUAUCUUGUUUGUCGAAAAUUUUUCAAAUUUUUAAACAGAAUUAUUGUUAAUUUCUUACUAAUUUUGCUGGAAUUCAAAAGUUAAUCGCGAAAAGUAGUUGUAUACUGGUGACUAUCAAGGAUCAAACAAUGGAAGACCUGGAGAAAACCAAGGAAAACAUCCAACCGUUGCGGGGCGGGCGAAAUGUGGAACAGCUGGAGAUCGCGCUCACCUCGGAGUCGCAAUUGGCCGAGGAAAGAAGGGCACACGAACUGCGCAUAGAAAAUUACGAAGGCGAUGAUCCACUGCAACCUUGGUACGAGUACAUCUGUUGGAUCGAGCAAACGGACAUCAGCAAUGGUAAACCUUCCGGUGGCAAUGAGGUUCUUCUGCGGUGCAUUGAGAAAUUUGAAACCGAGGAAAGAUACCAUCAGGAUCACCGGUUUAUCAAACUGUGCAUGAAAUAUAUGGACACCCAACGCUCUCCUCAGCAGCUCUAUCAGGAAUUGUACGAACGAGGAAUCGGAACACUGUGCGCCGAGUUGUACAUUGGCUGGGCUUACUACUACGAUGCGGAAGAUAACUUUGCCCAGACGGAAGCCGUUUUUCAAAAGGGCUUCGAUGCAGGUGCGACACCUCGGGAGGACCUAGAGCAAGCUCAUCGUCAGUUUGGCUUCUCCAUGUCACAGAGGCUGCUCCACAAGGACGAAUCCUCCAAGAUGACUUUCAAGUCGUCUUUGGCUGAAAGGCGCAAUGCGCUGACGUCGCUGAAAGCGCACAAAAAGCGGCAUGUAGGUAGCAUUCGGACAGGGCUGGCAGUUAAAAGCCACAAUCCCGGAAUCGUAAACCAGGAAAAUAUCCCAAACGGACCCAUCAACAGUAAUGUUUCGUUGCCAGUGUAUUCAGGCGUCGCGGAAUCUUCCGUUUGCAAUCAGUCAAUUGUCCGCUCGCUGGUGAACCACGCACGGGAUCGCGAAAACGUUCGGGAGCCAGGACCGUGGUCGAAUGCCAAAAGUCACCAUCAUAAACGUAGGCCCCUCUUCGGAACGUCGCACGAGCCGUCCUUUAAAAUAUCCGAGGAUUCGGUAGAAUUCCAACCGAUUCCUCUGCUGGUCGAUAAUCUAUCACGUGGAAUCCAACUGAGCCUCAAACAUAAACGGCAAAAUUAUCCCCAGAAGCCGUUCGAAUUGGCCGUCUGCGAUGAUGACAAACCGUCCGGAUUCCCCGUGUACGACAAACUGGCCCUCUACUGCCGAGGAACGAAGGAAGACUUUUGCCCGGAAGAGCUUCGCGGUUAUCGCUACUUCAAGCGGCGCGGAAUCGUUAACAAAAUGACUGAGCAGUACGAUUCAAUUUGGGCGAACGGAUCAAUAGCGGGGAUCCGUUUACAUCCGUAUCAUGUGCGCGAAUUCCGGUGUAAGUCGGGGGAUGAUCUAAAGACAGAAAGACCCAUCGUCGGGCCCACUACACAGGGAAUCCAAACCAGGGUAGCGGAAAUGUACGCCAACGAAGGAGAGGAGAUAUCUAUGGAAGAGCUACGAAUGCAGAAAUGGAAGGACGGCAAGAUCAAACGACACAUCGACCACAAGCAUGACGACGACAUGAUGCGCAUUGAUAUGGACGAAACGGUAGUACAAACGAAACGUGUCUCUAUUGCCCCUCCGAGAGUCAGUAUGAUGCCAGCGUUACCUGGGCCGAGCAGAAAGUCCGUACUUCCUCCUAGGGUCAAUGUGAUCCAGGAGGAAGAGACAAAUGAAUCCACGCUAACCAAUGCUAAGGUUGAACAACCAGAAGAAAAUGCCGACGAAGCGAAAUACACCGGGGCUAUCAAAAAGUCGGACAUCUACAAGCGUCGGCCGGUUGAUUCACCCGAUAUAAAACCAGGGCCCAAGAAAAAGAUAUCAUUGGAGGGUCCGUUGUCUGAAGGUGAGCCGCAACAUGAAGAUCCAGCUGAGUUUGUCGUUCCGGCUGCUAAACCCAAAUCCAAACUCACGAUACCAAUCUUUGUGGAUGACGAAGAACCUAUGGAGAACAAGGAAGCCAACAGUUACUAUCCAAACGAGUCGUGCUCAACGCAAAUGUUCAACAUGUUCGUCAAAAGUCAAAGCACCCCACUGGCGCUGAAAUCCGGUCCAACGAGAAAGUCGGAAGUUGCAGUACGAAGACCGAAUUUAUCUUUUGAUGAACACGAAGAAGCCGGUGGAUCACCAGUUCAGGAUGAAAACCUUGCCCAGCUGCAUCCGGUAAAAAUCAACGAUGAGAACGCUGAACCGGAAUCACUAGUUCCGUCGGGCUCUAACAUCACUCACGCACCCAAGCAACUGUCGACAAUUAUGGAACGCACCGAAAAUAGUACCAUGUCUGGGGCCGGUAGUACCAAAUCUUCCGUCUCGUCACCUCCGGUAGGGGACAUCAUCUCGCCAAUGCCUGGGGUUGCUUCCGACGAAGAACGAUUUGGCGAACGAAACAUGAAACAGGCCGUUAAAAAUCUGACACAUUUGCACCUGGACGGAACGUCUCGGAGCCACGCUGGUGAAGAUUCGGUGUUCAAAGUUCCUGAAACGGUGGCGGCUAGUCUGUCGCAUAAACCUGCUGAUCCGUUACCAUUUGAGGAAUUUCAAGAAGAACCUCCCAUGGCGCCUAAGCCGGCUUUAGUUAGUCCUUUCGUGAUUCACAUUGACAGCACGGAAACGAUGGCCAAUGUACCGCUGGUGUCGAAGAUGGAUUUGCCUCAACCGGUUCUGGAUGACAAAGAGAACAAACUGCAAUCCAACGUGGACACCAAGAAAGAUGGUCACUUUCAGGUCCUAGAAGAACCAACUUCCACCGGAACAACCAACACGAUCUUCCGCAAUGUUUCUCAUCUUCCACAACGCGACCUCGGCGUCAAUUCCAUAAUGUCUUUCAAAAUGACCACCGAACGAACAAACACGGUGCCUCUUCCACUGGUGAAACAACACGUGGCGCCCUGCUCCCCUCCCAAGACCACCAAUGCCGACGAUUCCCUGUUCGAAGUGUUGGCCAAAACUCCUUCUCCGAAGGGACCGAAACAGAAAUCAUUUUUCGAUUUGGCCGACUUCCAGAAAACGCCCGAACCCAAAAUUCCAGAACUCAAAGAAACAUGUGUCAAACCGGCACCUGCCAGCACCGCAAGCGGAUCAACAUUCCCACCUCCCAAACCGAUCAUCAUCCAAAGCGUAAUGGGGGCAAUCAAUCUGGCCGACUUCCCAUCGCCACCGAAAAGGGCCUCAACGGAAGACCUGAACACGGAAAUCUUUUCCCUCCAUAUGAAUAAUAUGAAAAAUUCCACGCUACUGCCGGGGAGUUUCCCGGCGGAAUUCGACAAGAUCCCAUCGGAAAUCAGUCCGGGAGAGGCGAAACCCCUGCGGCAAAUCGAUUUCGAAAUCAGUCGCAGCGAGAUGGGAAUGAGGAAGCUCGAUUUGGACGACAAGAAGGUUGAUUCAGACGGAUUUACUGUUCCCGCUGCGCCCAUUUUCAAAUCGCCUGUAAUCAUCGAGUUGGACGAUGGGGAUAGUGAUGAACUGGGGAAGAGUAUCUACGUGCAGAAACCGCAGUCCACGUGCACCGAGAAGGUUCAGAGGUGGGACGAAAUCGACGAGAAUUUCAAUCCGCAGAACAAUGCGUACGUCAAGAAGGAAGUCGACCCGGACGAAACGAUGCAUUUCAUCUACCAGCAGACUCAGACCGGCGAGAUCGAUCCGUUCGAUCCGAAGCUACAGGAAGCGUUCCUGGAGCAGUUGGACUUUAUGAAGUACAUCGAGGAGCUGACGACGUGCUCGUUGGUCAACAAGGUGCAACCGCUGUCGAGGGGAAUGGUCGUGGACAUUUGUGAUGCCCGGUUUUCGAUUCAGAAGAAGAUCGGCGAAGGUACAUUUGGCAUGGUUUAUAGUGCCAAAAAUCUCAGUUCGAAUCAAGUGGUAGCAAUGAAGCAAGAACGUCCAGCCAACCUUUGGGAAUAUUACAUAUGUCUGGAAUUGAGGAGUCGUGUUAAUAACGAUGAUAUUCUGCCCGGAAUGAUGAGCGUCGACUAUGCAAUUGUGGGAAACAACGCCAGUAUACUUGUGUCACCAUUCUCACGGUUCGGCAACAUUCUGGAUGUGUGCAAUGUCGUCAAAAGGGUGACCGGUAGAAACGUUGACGAAUUCAUUGCCAUGGUCAUCACCAGCCAGAUACUGUCCAUCAUUGAUCACUUGCACAGCUGCAUGGUUAUCCACGCCGACAUCAAACCGGACAAUUUCCUACUGAUGAAUCCUAUCGAUUUGGAUUCACCGAUACCGUGCGUGCAACUAAUUGACUUUGGAGUUUCCAUUGAUCUCAAGCUGUUCCCCAAGGAUACUACAUUCAGAAAAGUCGUCACUACCGAGUGCUUCACUUGCAUAGAAAUGCUCGAAAAGAGGCCCUGGACCUAUCAGCCUGAUCUGUACGGUGUUGCUGGAACGACACACGUCAUGCUGUUCGGAACAUACAUGGAAGUACAAAAGGAUAUCGUCAACUGGAACAUCAAGGCACGGAUGCCGCGAUAUUUCCGGAAAACCGUCUGGGAUAACUACUUCUCGUCGAUGUUGAACAUCCGAGACUGCAACGAAAUGCCCAACCUGCAAUCGCUAAGAAGCAGACUACUGGCAGAGAUCGAAGAAAAUAAGAAGUAUAUUCGUGAUAAGGUAAGUGAGUUCAAUCAAGCAGUUUUGUCUGGAUGAACACACGACUAAGAGCUGGGUGAGGUUUGCAUAUGUACAAGUAUUUUAUUGAACGGACACAUUUUUUAAUAUAAAA